AAAGGACACAGCAGCUGAGUCGGACCCAUGGAGGCGUUAGCGGAUCUAGAGAAAGUCCAAACCCGGAUCCUCCAACGAGUAACAAACCUCGAACUCUCUCUCCUGCACGGCCACUUGUCCAACUCCCCUUCUCUCUCCCCUGCUUCCGAAGACGCCAGCUCCGCCGUCGCCACCGCCACCGAAGCCCGACUCUCCGCCAUCCUUCGCUCUAACGGCGUUAAUGACUUCAUUUUCAAACGCGUUUCCUCCGAUUACUACGAUUGGACCUUCGACGCCCGCCGCGACGUCCUUGGCGCCGCUUCUAUUCACCAUCUCUGCAAAAGCAUUGUCUUGGUAAACACUCAAGCCCCAUCAAAUGUGACCGACUGUAGUGAUCGCAACUAUUCAAAGUAUUAUGUUGUUGUUGUGCAGUAUACUGCUCGGUUUAGUGCUGAGGCUGUGAAGAAUUUUCUAUAUGCACUCAACAAUGGUCAGAUAGCCAAAAAGAAAUUUAAUAUGAGACUUGCUCCUGAGGAGACAUCAGUCAAGUUGACUGGUUAUGAACACAAUGCCGUGACAUGUAUUGGCAUGAAAACAGACAUCCCGGAUCUAAAUUCAGCAUGUUUGUUUCGGGAGCAUUUGAACUGUGAAGAUGUUGAACAGAAUCCUCCAAUGAUGAAUGUGAUUCUCUAGUGGCACAACUUCUUGUAGGGAUAUGUAAUGUAUAAUUAACAGUUCAAUGUGACAUAUGGUGAUUCAUAGAUGGACUGAGUCUGUAACAAUGUUCUUUUAGCUAAACAGGGGUUUUUUUGCUAGAAUUAUAAUUGAGAUUGCAUGAUCCUAAGCGAACGUACUUUUGAAUUUUGCUCUAGUUUUCAUCCUCUUGUUGUGCCAGGUGGAUUCUUAUUUAGAGAUGUAUAGGUUUUAAAAUUUGAGAUCACGAUUAACAUUGUCCAUUACCAUAAAGUUCUUAUCCCUAUUUAGUGAAGUUUAAGUCCCCCAAAAGGAACCAGAGGUCCCAAUAUGCAGCACCUCCUUAUUCGUCUUUCACGUUUGUGUAAGCUAUAUGUGGUCACAGAGCAAAAGUACAAUGAUGAUCACGUUUGCUUGCCGUAUGUGCGAGAGACAUGUUAUUAUUUUAUGUAUCAUGACAGUAUCACACUGAUGGUAAAACAUAAUA